AUUCGAUUAUUAAAUCAACAAUUCGAGGGUGUGAAUAAAAACAAACCCCUCGUCGAUAACCCCCUCCGAAGACCUUUCAAUUUACAUAAGAUAAUCAAAAUGUUAGUAUUGCGUCGAAAGUUGAGGAAAGAAGAUGAACGCGUGGAAAUGGCUAACACUAUUGAUUACUUUGUGGUUGAAUGUCGGUCACGGAUUGACGGGAAACAUUUUGGCCGUGUAUCCACACUUUGGUUUCAGCCAUUUUAAAGUGGUGAUGCCGAUAUUAAAUGAACUUGUGUCACGUGGCCAUCGCGUGACGGUUAUCUCAUAUGUAAAGAAUCCCCAAGCCAAGUAUGAAGAGUUGGUCAUUGCCGACAAGGAUGAGGAUCAGGCGAGCACGACCAUCAAUGUGGUGCCUCUAAGUGAGCAUACACCAACCCGUUCCUUAUGGGUUCUCUUCCAAGAGUACAUGGGUCUGCAUCACGAAGGGCAAGAGACAUGCGAGAGACUCUUUGCCAGUGGCCAUGUUGAGAAGGUCAUCAAACGUCAUCAGAGAUUGAACUAUGAUCUACUCCUAACCGAAUACUUCAAUGCGGAUUGCCAAUUGGCCAUAGCCAAGAUCUUGAACUUGCCCAUAAUAGGAUUGAGUACUUGUGCCCUUAUGCCCUACUAUUUCGAUCGCAUUGAUCUACCCAAUACACCCUCGUAUAUAACAUCGGAAUACGUAGGAUUCGCUGCACCUCUAACCUGGUCUGAACGUUUGCUCAACUUUGUUCAAGCCAAGGGAUUACGUUUACUCUACGAAUAUCAUUCGAAUAGAGCGGAUAAUGCUUUGAUUAAGCGUUACCUCCAGGUGAAUGUGGAUGUCGAUGAAGUGGCACGUACCCAAACAGCUUUCAUACUGGGCAAUCAACACUAUUCCCUGAUGGGCAGCCGUCCGCUGAGUCAGCAAUUUGUCGAAGUGGGUGGGGUACACAUAACACCAGAGGCAGAGAAGAAACUCCCUGCCAAUGUUGAGCAAUUUCUUCAAGAAUCGGAGGAGAAAGUUCUAUUCAUCAGUUGGGGUUCCAUGGUCAGAGCUUCCAGCAUGGAUGAUGACAAAUUGUUGGACAUCCUAAAGGCACUCGACGAACAACCUUUGCGUGUCAUAUGGAAAUGGGAAGCUAACGAUUUACCACAUAAAAUCAAUCCCAAGAAGAUUCUCCUUGUCAAAUGGGCACCACAGUUGGCUCUAUUAUGUCAUCCCAAGGUGGUUUUAUUUUGGUCUCAUGGCGGUCUCUUGGGCACCACCGAGGGUGUUCACUGUGGCAAACCCAUGCUGGUCACUCCCAUCUAUGGUGAUCAAUUUCUUAAUGCCUUUGCGGUACAGAAUCGUGGAAUGGGCUUAAAAUUACACUAUCAAGAGAUAAGCCAUACAAGUCUAAAUGAAUCUUUUCAAGAAUUGACUAAAGCAAGUUACUCACUACGGGCCCAGAAGAUCUCACAGAUCUUUCGUAGACGUCAGCAUACACCUCUUGAAUCGGCAAUUUGGUCAAUUGAACAUACAAUCGAACAUGGUUUAAUGGGUGCCAAAUUAUUGCAAUCUCCUGGCAUAGAUCUUCAUUGGUUUAUCUAUCAUUCUAUAGAUAGUAUAUGCUUGAUUUUCUGUACCUUAAUGCCAUUUUUGCUAGGUUGGUUCUAUCUAACUGGUUGGAGUUUUAGAAGUCUUAUGGCAUAUUUAUUUCAUUGGAAUAUCUAA